UGCAGGUCUCCGGGUCUGCAGACAUACUGUUGUGCUAGCGUCAGUAUCUCUGGGAGAAAGGGAAAUGGCUGCAGCUCUGUCCCGAGCUCUGAAACUGCCCGGGAAGAAGGGCUCAGGGCUCGGGGAGUACGACCCUCUCACCCAAGCGGACAGUGAAGACGAGAGCGAAGAGGAUGACCUCGUGCUCAACUACCCACGCAACGGCCUCGGCAGAGACAGCUCCCUGGGCGUUGGCUCCUCAAAGGUACGUGGCGGCCGAUCCCGAAGGCUCGUGGGUGCCACGGAUGAGGCGCUGGAGGACGAGGAGGAGGACGAGUGGACGGAGAGACUUCCCAGCAAAUCCAGGCAGGGCAGAGAGGACAUGAAAGGCGUGCAGCACUGGAGCCACAGGGACUCGGACAGGGAGAGGUUGGGGGAGGACAGAGGGGGUGCCGGGGCCUCGGGGUCCGCCGGGAUGGGGGUUCACAGCCCUGAUGCGGAAGCGAAAAGGAUGAGAGUGAAGAAUGCUGUCCGAAGUGCAUUUUUCCUGGUGCCCGUGGUCUGUGCCACAUUUCUGGUGCUUCUGUGUGCGUUCCUGAUUCCCUGCCAAAAGGGUGAGCUGGAAAAGAAGCUGCAAUGGGAAAGAGCACUGGGAGAUGCUGGAGGUGUCACACCACCAGCACUGGCGAUGUGGGAUGUUGAUGGUGAUUCAGUGGAGGAUGUCUUUCUAGGUGUGACUGCAAGGGCCAAUGGCACCCAUUCAGCACAAGGGAACAAAGAAUACAAAGCGGUGGCCUUGUCUGCCGUCAGCGGUCGGGUGCUGUGGGAGAAGGUCAUGAGGGAGUCUGUGACGUACAUCCAGUGUGGACCGCCAUACAGCGCCCAGGCAUCACCCGUGUGCCUCCUCAUCUGCAAAUCCGUCCUCAUGGCGGUCAGUGGCGCCACAGGAACGAGGUUGUGGUCGGUCCUGCUUAAGAACAUUGAAUCUCAAGCGGUGUUACUUCCAGACCUCCAGGGCGACUCAGUCCCAGAUCUGCUUGUAGCAACCCUACCUGCAGAUGAGGCUUUGGAUUUGUCCCUGACUCUGAUCUCUGGCUUGACGGGAGCAAUGCUCGGACAUCCCGUGCCUUUCAACCUCACCGGACAAGGAAAGCUGAUUGGUCCUUUACUGCACGAGACACAGCAAGGAGCAUUUUACAUCCUGUUUGGACUAGGAAACGUCCAGGCCAUCUCUCUACAAGACAUCUACAUCCGCGCUGCUUGCCCAAUGCCCUUGACUCCAGCUCUUAGAAAGAAGGAUCCAGUGUGGGAGGGACUCAAGAAAAGCAAUUCCUCCUCCCUUAUACAUAUUUACCGAGGAUCUGAGCGUGUUGAGUUCCUGCUUCCUCUUGUGACUGGUUCUGGAAAAAACCGCAACAGCCUGGAUGCCGUUUCCAACGUGAACAUCACCAGAAGUGACUGGGCGUUGGUAUAUGGUGCCAGUAAGCUAUCACUGCUCAGACAGAGGGACUUACGCAAAGAGUGGACCUUCAGCUCACCUCCCAUACACAGCCAGCCGGCUCCAGGGCUCUUCAACGAUGAUGGAAUUCUUGAUCUUUUUGUUCAGCAUUCAGCAAACGGGGUCAUGAAGGCUCGGAUUGUCGACGGGGCCAACGGCCACCUUCUCUGGGCAGCAGAGUUUGUGUGUCCUCAUCUUGAUUUGGGAACAUCGGCUUUCUCCACUUCAACUGGCCAAUCAGUUUUCCUGUUCUGGGCCGGUGAGCCAAUCAAAUCACAGGGAAAUGGUAGCAAGACAACUGUGGAACCAGGUGUACCUGCACCAGAACCACUCAUCAGAAAACUCUUCCUGCUGCACCCUAGAUAUCCCACAGUCCUGCUGGAGCUAACCAGUACCACAGACACAGCAGUCACAUCUGCAGUGAGUUACCAGCAGCACCAGAAAGACGCCACCUACAUCACCGUCUCCUCCACGCCUACAACUGACUCAGAGCCUGGUGCCCGAAUAGUCAAGAGCAUGAGCCUCAGAGCUGCCAUCGCCAAAGGGAAGAUCGUCAGGCUAGGUGAAAACAACAAAAAGGGGAGCCCCGUUAAACCUGGUGCAUUUGAGGUCAACACUUUCUUUAGGCGUCUGGCUUUCAAACAACAGUGAAAAACGGAGCAAAACAAUUCAGCUGAGAGGAAUCACGGGUGAAAGGGAUGAACACUGGGAACAAUUCUGCACUGAGGAGAUGUUUCGAAUUCAUUUGAAGCUGUUUAAAUGCUGUUAGGAUCAAUAAGCAGACUUUAAUUUCUGUUAAAUGUGAAACAAAUGUCAUGUUUUGGUUUAUUUUAUGUUUGUACAAUGACAUUGUAUAUUUAAAUUAUUUAAUUAGCAUUAGGAAGUUUGUAAUAUUUAACUUCAGCAGAGCAACUGUAUUUUAUCACUAACAAUGAAGCACAAUAGUAAUGCUAUAAGAGCAUGUAAAUUUAUAGACCUCUCUCAAGGCCAGUAUUUUUAUUCCUAUUGGUUACAUCUAAAUUGUAAAGCCGCUAAUUAUGUAUUUUUCUGAUCACUAAGUUAAGGAGUGUGUAAAUAUUUAAUGGUGUAAAGUAUUUAUUAGUUUGCUUUAAAGCUUUUAUGUUUUUCCUUGUUUAAUUUGUUAUAUUUUUUUUUAUUAUUGUAUGAUCAAGCACUGUUUAUUGAAAUCAAAUGUAAGCUGGAACUUCACAUAAUGCAAGAGAAAGUAAACAACCUCAACCAUC